CAGUGUUUGAUUGAUUAACAGUUCGUUUCAGCAGCAUACCAGCUAAAGCAUACAAAUACAAUAUGAGCCGUAAAUUGUUUAGAAAGAGUGUUGGCUUUUACGAAGUAGAACCUAUGGCGACUUCCUACUCUAGUCCAGCCGCUAAUGAACAAAGUUACGCUUCAAACAAUAUAGAAAGUAGUUUUCAACAAAGAUCACCGCAAAUGUCGGAUCACACAGCUGUUAGAAGUUCUCCUGGGAGUAAUUCAAAGAUUGUUAAUUUUCAUGAGAAGAGAGAAGAAGACAAAGUGAAGAAACAAAAAUACCUCACGGCAAAAUAUGGACAACAUCAAAUGAUGCUUAUUAGAAAAAGGCUAGCAGUUGAAGAUUGGAUAUAUGAGGAAUUAAGAAAAUUAUAUAAUUGUCAGACAGAUUCAGAAGAUCAUAGCUGUCCUCUCGAUUUAGAAGAAGUUUUAAAUUAUGAUACAGAUAAUGAAAAGAGAAAUUAUGUUUUGGAAUCAUUAACAGAUUGUAAUAUGCCCCAACAUGAAGUCCAGAGUUUUGUAGAAGAAUUGUUGAGGAGAUCAAAGACUUUAUAAUGUAGAGUAUUCUACAGACUGUGCCAAUAUAUUACUGUUAAAACAGUGAUAUAUAAUGUUCUAUUAAUAGAGUAUGAUGAGAGAUGAUAAAGUUGACAGUAUGCGUGCUAACAUUUUAUUUUAUAUGGUGAUGUUUGUAAACAAACGGUGCCAAGGAUCAUUGGAAUGCGAUUUAGUUUUGCAGUAUUAUUGGAUUAAACUGUUCUCAUCAGAUACAAUUUUAUCUAACAUUUUACCAAAUACUGGUAUAAGUUUUAUAAAGCAUUGAUCGUUUAUAUUACCUCUUUAUUUGGAUAAAGUCCCUUACGGCUGUACUUUCCAGUGCUGUGUUUUUUUUCGUUUGUGUAACUUAUGUUCUUAAUUCAGGAUUAGCGUAGGAUGGCAGUUAGCGGAAAAAAGAGCACCUGCUCUGUGGAAGUCCUGAGAAGAACUUUCUGUAAUUAGUUCACCUAUUAAAGAUGAUUAAAGCGUAGGAUAUGGUAUAUUAAAUUAAGAAAAAUGUGUAAUAUUUCGAUAAUUUUAAUCAUCAGUGUGGGUAUUAUAAAUAUUUUAUGAUUUAGAAAGAAUUAAGAUUUUCUGCAUUAUAUACAGCCUAUUUGUGAAAUAGUUAUGCCCUUGAUCACUUUGAAAAAUCUUGUGGACGCACUAGAGGCUAAAAUUAUCAUCCGAUUGACUUUAAUAAAUUUAUACAUAGUGUUUAUGGCCCAUGAAAAAUGUGUAAUAUUUCGAUAAUUUCAAUCAUCAAUGUGGUUAAUAUUAAUAUUUUAUGAUUUAGAAAGAAUUAAGUUUCUCUACAUUAUAUACAGCCUAUCUGUGAAAUAGUCACAGAUGGAUAUAUCAACUGGUACUGAAAACUAGGGAUGGUGUAUAUGUAUUUAUGGUAUAUAUUAAAGUAGAUAAAGUACAAGUACGGCUACGUUUACGGUAGAUGAAUACAUAAAUAAAAAAUAUGUCUAGUUAUAAAAAAUCAAAUACUUUUACUUCAUUCGGAUAUACAUCAAAUCAUAUGCCAGCUGUCUGCUCUUUUUUGGGCGUCAUCAGAUGUUAUGGUGAUAUAAUACAAGAAGAAAUUACUUUAGAUCAAUAUCUUUUAAUGUGCACCAAAUUAAUGGUGUUUUUAGAUGUUUUAAUAAUACAAAUGUUUUAAUCUUUUUAUUUAUAUCUUCCACUGUUUAAAUAACUAUACUGCUGAUGUCAUUAAACUACAGCAAUAUGAUUAUUAUAUAAUGUACAAAAAAAAUAAUAAUAAAAUACUGAAAAGCAA